AUGGCUCGCAAUAGCGAAAAGGCGCAGUCUAUGCUCUUUCGGUUUCGUGCCGCUCAAGCUGCAGACCUUGGAAUCCUCGAUAUUGGUCGUACCCGUCGCCCAAAAGCCAUCACAACAAUCGACUCCAUCCCCGUAUGCGAAAAAUGGAGAGGCCAAGUGCUCAAGGAAAUAUCCCGGAAAGUCACACGCAUACAAGACCUAAGUUUAAGCGAUUUUCAGAUCCGAGAUGUGAACGAUGAAAUAAACAAACUGAUGCGCGAAAAAUGGAUGUGGGAAGUUCAAAUACGGAAUUUGGGGGGUCCAAACUAUACUCGCGGCGGCGGGAGGGUAUAUGAUGAGGAUGGGAAAGAGAUUCCUGGUGGUGGUAAAGGCUAUAGAUAUUUUGGCCGCGCGAGAGAGUUGCCGGGUGUCAAGGAGAUGUUUGAGGCUGCGACGAAAAAGAGGAGUGCCGACGAGCUGGAUGGUGCGGGAGGACAGAAGGCACAGAUUGAUAUGUUCAAAAAACAUGUUGAUGCAGCAUACUUUGGAUACGGGCUAGACGAGGAAGACGGUACGCUACUAGAGUAUGAAAAGAAGAAGGAACAGGAAGCAUUUGAGGCAGUGUUGAAGAAGGGUGACGAUAAACCCGACGACGGGUGGGAGCCGCUCCCCGGCGAUGCAGGGGAUGGCGUUGAAUGGCAGCUACCUACGCUAGAUGACGUCCAGGAAGAGCUGGUGGAAAGACGGAGGAGGAAGCUACUCGAUAAGAUUGGCUGA